CGUGUUUUUGACGCAGGAACAAGACACGCUAUUCUCACAUUCUUGCGCCGUCAAACAAUCACACUCUAGACUUUCGACUUUUGAAUGGGCGGAGGCGUCCGAUUUCCAAAAAGGUUCUUGUCUCUCGAAUAUGUAUAUGUAUUCGGACAAGAUGAACCGACCGCAGCAGAUGCAGCGACCGGCGCUCAUCACUCCGUUUGAGGUGAAGAAAGUUAAUACACUGCUGGAGCCUCCCCUGCCGAUUUUCAACGCGGACGGUGCUGACGAGGACGGAGGACUCGGAGGAGUAAACGAAUCAGCAAAAAUGAAGCCGGCGAAAAAGGCCAAGCUUUCGUCCGGAGGCAAUAACAACAAAGUGGACAUUUUUGAGGACAUGGAGUUGGACAGGGUGGUCGCAGAUUUGCCCAAGCCUCGUCCUGGAGUUCCUGGACAACCUGUUUCUGUCCAACGCAACCAUGUCCGGUUCACACCCCAUCAGGUCCUGACUUGGAGUAGAUCGACCAAGGUUCGACUCGACCACUUGGUGGCCGAUUUGGCCCAGGACAAUCAGGUGAACGAUGCCCUCGCCAGGAAGCUCGCUGAACAUGCAAAGAGAGUUUCGAGUUGGCAAGACAAAUCCCUUGCAAAGACUGGCCGCGGUCCUCCAGCUUCUAAAGACGUGAUUGCGACUGAGGAAAGAAAACCUGGUGACUCAAAUGAUUGCACCGUGAUUCCAGCAAAAGGUGACAAAGUUAGACCUGAGCAAGUGCAAAUUGCAUUCAUCCCCCUGGGCGUUGAGCUGGCAGAGGCUGAGGACCCUUUCACUGACUGCCAACCCUUGAUGUCUGUUACUGUUUGCGAAGAAACCUCUCCCUCCAACUUCCAUCUCCAAUUCAAGAGAAAUCACGAGCAGUGCCAAAGACUCGCCAACGAAUUAGAGUGCAAUUACGGCCAAGGAGUGUGUCAAAAGCAGGUAAAAUUUGUACAAGAGCGGCUGCUGGUGGCGGCCAAAUGUGGCCAAAUUUGGUUCCGAGGGCAGAUUGUCAGGGAAGUUUCACCCACUCUGGCUGAGGUCAAGUUUGUGGACACGGGGGUGGUGCAAGAGCGGCACAUUGACGACCUCUUCCAGCUUGUGGACACACCCCUGACCAGGAUGAAGAAGCAGGCGGUCAGGGCUUGUCUGUUCAACCUGAAGCCCACAGGUUGCGCCACCUGGAGCGCCCUGGCCCGGCACAAGUUCGUCCAACUGAUUUCCAAAAAUCACGAAACGCUGGCUGCCAGAUUCAGGGCCAGGACGCCAAAUUGCUUCGAGGUGGACCUGCUGGGAGAAGGCGAGUUGGACGUGGGUCUGGCCCUUGUCCAGGACUGCUUGGCGGACAGGGUGCUCCCUUGCGACAACCUAAGUGAAGUAGACGAAGUGCACAUUCUGCAGGUUAUGGAUCAGGUUCCUAAUCUUCAAGCUGACCAGCCAUUCCGCACUCUCCAGGCUACCUGCUCGGAACUGUCGAAGAGGUUUGGCAGUGGGGCGGUGGGGGAAGCCUUGAUGCGCCUGCAGCCCCUUUUCCCAUCACUGCGCCCUCCUCUAGGCGUGAUGGGCAGCAUGCCUUGGGCUGGUUUCAACGCAAGCCAAGGCUUUGUCCCCUUCCAGCAGGUGCAGGUGCAACCCCCAUUCUACAACUCCCUUUUGCAGCCACUGAAACAACCUUUUGCCUACAUGCACCCUCAGCAGUUCCAGUUCAACAACAUUAUGUAACCAUUCAUAAUGCUUUUUGAUCUUGCCCUAAUUUUUCUGUUUUAUAUUUGCAAAAAAAAAACGUUUCUUCUUUAAUUUCAGUGUAAAGUUCAAAGUUUUUUAUUUCUGUCAGAGACGAAAUGGAAUUUCAAUAUAGAAUUUGAAAUUAAGAUUCCAUGAUUCACAGCAUUUAUUUUCUGCUUUGUAAAAGCAAAAUUUUUUAUUUGCUCCAAAUUUUUGAUCAAACCUUUUGUUUUACACUCAAUUUUGGCUCUUGAUAUUUUGCUGAAGUAAUUAAUUUUUAAAACGCAUUUUAGCCAGCAUUGCUUUUCCAUAGCCUGAUUUGCAGUUAUUUUUUAAUUUGCUAAUUGUUGCUAAUCUUCUGUGUUUUGCUAAAGAACUGCAUGCUUUGUUUGUUGUGCAAAUGAUGUGCUAAAUUUUCAUUGCAAACAAUAAAAUUUCAUAUUCAAAUGGCAAAUAAGGUAAUAAUUUAAAAAAAAUUAAAUUUGCUUUUUAAAAGGAUGUGCAAUUUUGUAAAAAUACAGUAAAAUAAAUUAUACACAAUGCCAGUCCUUGUAGAUAAACUUACACUUUUAAGUUAUAAUAUAAUUAGAAAAACAUGCUCCCCUACCAGUUC